AUGGUUCCUUCUUUCUCACUUUCUUUCUUGCCUUCUUUCUUUCAUUCUUUCUUUCAUUCUUUCUUUCCUUCUCUCUUGCCUUUUUCUCUCUUUCUUUUUUUCUUCUUUCUUUUCUUCUUUUUUGCCUUCUUUCUUUCCUUCUUUCUUGCCUUCAUUCUACCUUUUUUUCUUGCCUUCUUUCUCUCCUUCUUUGUUUCCUUUCUCUCUUUCUUUCUUGCCUUGAUUCUUCUUUCUUUCUUGCCCUCUUUCUCUCUGCCUUUCUUUCCUUAUUUCUUUCCUUUCUCUCCUCCUUUCUCUCCUCCUUUCUCUCCUUCUUUCUUUCCUUAUUUUUUCCUUCUCUCUUGCCUUUUUCUUUCCUUUUUCCUUCUUUCUUUCAUUCUUUCUUGCCUUCUUUCUUUCCUUAUUUCUUUCCUUAUCUCUUGCCUUUUUUCUCUCUUUCUUUUUUUUUCCUCCUUUCUUUUCUUCUUUCUUUCCUUUUUUUCCUUCUCUCUUGCCUUCUUUCUUGCUUUGAUUCUUCCUUCUUUCUUGCCCUUUUUCUCUCUUCCUUUCUUUCCUUCUUUAUUCCCUUUCUCUCCUUCUUUCUUGCCUUCUUUCUCACCUUCUUCUUUCCUUCUCUCUUGCUUUUUCCUUCUUUUUUCCUUUUUUCUUUCCUUCUUUCUUGAUUUCUUUCUUUCCUUCUUUCUUGCCUUCUUUCUUCCUUUCUUUCUUGCCUUCUUUCUCUCCUUCUUUCUUUCCUUCUUUAUUCUCUUCUUUCUUGUCUUCAUUCUUCCUUUAUUUUCUUGCCUUCUUUCUUCACCUUCUUUCUUUCUUCUGAAAGCCUCUAAUAUUCGUUUUCUUUAUUUCUCUUUCUCUCUUCGAGCGUUUCUUCCACUGAUAGAUCUCCUUCCCCCUUUUCUCUCUCUUUUUAUCUUUAUCUUGAUUCCUGUCUUUAUACUCUGUCCAUUUUACCGAUUCUUCCUUGUUCCGUUAAUUGACAUGUAUUUUCUUUUCUUUCUCUUUUCCAAUUCGACAUAUUCCAAUCGCGAUGUCUAG